UUUUUGACUUUGACAGAUCUAAAAAAGAAAAAAAUACUGCAAAGCAAUAGAAAGAAAGGAGGAUUAGGUAUUUUGAUAAUAAAUCUGAAAUUGCCCAAAAAUGGCUAAUCAAUAUGGGCUAUCGGAUGCAGAGUUUAAUAUUAUUAAACAACAGGCUGCACGUCGUGCUGCUAUGAGAAAAGAAUUCUUGAAACAGAAGACAAAUCCCUAUAAACAUGCUUCGGAAGCUGGCUAUGUCUUCGACAAAUCCAUUCAACAGUUCAUGUCAAUGAAGGUAACACAAUAUGAUCAUUUUAAACCGAACGCCAGGAAUAGUUUAUUUGGCAUCGGUGCGAUUAUUAUUCCUAUGUUCGUAUAUGGCUAUUUCAUUUGGAAUGACCGUGAUAACCGCGAACAGAAGAUCAGGUCUGGAGAGCUCCGCUACAGAGACAGAUUAUUCAAAUUCCAGUAAUUCUGUAAUAUAUCAACUCUGUAGAUACCUUAAUAUUGUUAGUAAAUAAAUCAUACAUUAUU